UCUUCCCAAGCUUCCAUCUUCACCAAAUUAAAAUCUCAAAAUCACUUGUACGCGCUGCCGGGUUUCAACUUCAUUACUCUAUUCUCACUCUUUCCAUGCCCAUCUUCUGCAUUAUCAUAUUUUCCCGGAAAACCCGGAAGCAUUUUCAGGUUCUUUCAUCGAGCCAUGUGCCACCAUCCUAAAUCUAAAUUAUGUUUCUAUGGUUCCAUCAACACCUUAUUUUACUGAGCCGAGGUCUGAGGACACAGUGCUGGCUGUUCUGUUCUUAUCAUCAUAAACCUUGUCACUUUCAGCUGUCAAAUGAUCCACUACUUUUGGAUUGGAUACCUCAAAGUGUAAUAACUCUGGAUUUUGCUUUCUGGAUAUAGACUUUUGAGGCUGCACAGUGCACACCAGGUGUUGGUGUGCCUUCAGUUUCUUGCCUGCCAUGGGAUGCAUUUCUUCCAAAGUUAUAGCCAGAUCAUUGAGUUUACAUGAAGAGAGAAACCAGGGGACGCAGAGAACCAAAUCUAAUAGUGGCAUUCCAUUGCUGGAAGAUAUAAUCAAUUCUGCUCAUAGUAGCUGCGACCAGUACUUUGAACUGGUAUUGCAUUCUAGGAGUUUUGGUUCAAAUGCUCCCUCAAAACUGGCUACUCAUGACAGUUCUGAAGCCACUGACAAGUUGGACACGUCCUUGAGUCCAGAAGAAGACGAACAGGAAGGGAACAAACAGAAAAUUGUUAGUGAUGUUCAAAGUGAUGGGAGAUCUAAAAGCUGUCAUCUGAUUCUCCCAGAGCAUGUUCUGUCCUCUCUUGCUCAGGAAAAUUCAUCUGGGGUUAAGAAAAUGUAUGAGUUGGCCAAUGAGCUUUGGCUCAGCAGUGCUGGAUUCAUCUCUAAAGCUGAAAGAUCUGAAUUAAUUGAAGGAAAUAAGUAUGACUUGAACUCCAGAAGCAGGAGUUUUCACACAGUGGAGGAAUACGAUGAUUUGGUUAGAAAACUAUUGUUGUCCAAGUCCCUCAGGUUUACUGAUAAUAAUAAAGACGAUACUUGUUCUUCAGGAACCACCAUGGACCUUCUGGUUUCUGAGUCUGUUUCAUCCAGCACAACUAAUGAUCAUACUGAGGAUAAAGAUUCUGCCAUCAAAGAUAAUAACAGUUCAGAUAUAAUACAAGUUAAUAAGACAGUAGUUCCAAGUGAGAAAGAUGAUGAUAUGUACAUUGAGAAGGGAAAUAAGAGAAAGGCUAUUGCAAAGAGGCUAGAAUCACUGAGAGUGCCAUCAUCAAGUAAUUUUGAAGUUCCAGUCAUUGCUAGUCUUAGAGAAUGGAUUCAUCCUCUUGGUAGUAUCUAUUCUCCUGGAUCUUAUGUCACCCCAAAAUUUGGAAGCUAUUCUUCUUUAAUGGCUGCUGGUAAGAAGGAAUGUGAAUCCAGAGAGGAUAGUUCUUCUAUCUUCAGUCCAGAGUUGGUGUCUGAAUUAGAACAGAGCAUGCAGAAUCUUGAAGCAGAGGAAGAAAACAUUCUGAAACAAAUCAUGGAAAGUCCAGAAGAAAAUGAUGGUCCAUAGUUGCAGGUCUACGACUCCAUUUCUUUCUUUUAGAACAUCUACAGAGCAUGGUGAUGAGAAAAUCUACGUACGUACAGUUUUGAAAGUAAUUAUUAUCAAACUCUCUAUAACAAGUGAACACAUGAUUGAGUGUUUCUGAAAAAACAAAGUUAUAGGAUUUAAUAAUUACAAACAUCUGAGGAACUUUUACAGUUUAUCGAUCUUCAUAUUUGCUGGGUUUUUCCCGCUACCCAAAAAAAAAGAAGGAAAAAAAAAAAGUCUACUUUGAAGAGAAUUGCCCCUAUGGGCGAUGAAUGCCAUUGCAAUUUCUAUAUGUUUUUCUUCCUCAUGUAUAUCAUUUCAUUGUUAAAACGUGGAGGAAAAUGCUCUCUCUUUGUUUUGAGACAUUCAAUGAUACUAUUGUCAUAAUCAUUUUUAAUUUACCAAUAA